AUGGUGACAUCGGCCGAUGUCCGCAGUCAUGCAUCCAGAGAUUCGUGCUGGGUCAUCAUCGAUGGCAAUGUCUACGACGUGACCGACUUUCUUGACCACCACCCCGGAGGUGCAAAUACUAUUCUCCGCCAUGCAGGCAAAGACGCCACGGCCGAAUACGAACCAGUACACCCUGAAGGGACGCUGGACGCACAUCUCCCCAAAGACAAACAUCUCGGCCCCGUCGACUUCACCCAAGAGAGAGAAUCCGAGAAGGCGGCGCCAACGCCAUCAAUAGACAAGAAGCCAUCAGGCCCCAAGCAGAACCCACUCUCAGUGCUGCAAAACUUAGACGACUUCGAGAUCGAAGCACAAAAGGUUCUACCCGAGAAAUCAUGGAUCUACUACUCCUCAGCAACGGACACGCUCUCUUCACACACCAACAACCGAGUUGCGUUCAGCAAAGUAUCGCUUCGACCACGAGUGUUACGCAAUGUUGCGCGGAUAUCUCUACAGAAGACCAUCAUGGGAUUUCGUAGCUCGUUGCCUGUCUUCAUUGCACCAGCAGCAUUAGCAAAGCUAGGCCAUCCAGAUGGCGAACUAUGCCUGACACGUGGUGCUGCUAGAUACAACAUUCCUCAUUGCCCGAGCACGUAUUCUUCGAUCAGCCACGCAGAGCUUGCCAAGUGUCUGCAGAGCGAACAGGAAGCCGUAGGCAACAAGCGAGGCACUUUAUUCUUUCAGCUCUACGCCCCUAUUAACAAGCGUGAAGGAGCGCUGAAGCACAUCGCCGACGCCAAGCGGCUCAACUUCACUGCGUUAGUAGUGACUGUAGACUCUGCUGUUAUUGGAAAGCGAGAAGAGGACGAAAGAUACAAGGCGCGGCUCGACCACGACUCUGGCAUCGUAUUCCAAGCCAAUUCAAGCCCGGAUCCAGAUCCAAACCUUGAUAGGCCUGUUCCUCGCGGGGCACAUUCAUCUACGCUAGAGUGGGACGACCUGAUCUGGAUUCGAGAAGCUUGGGGGAAGGACAGACCCGUCGUUCUCAAAGGAAUAGCGACCGUGGAGGAUGUCGUCGAAGCAGCAAAACGAAGAGUGGACGGCGUAUAUCUCAGCAAUCACGGAGGGCGUCAACUCGACUAUGUUCCUAGCUCAUUGCACACACUUCUUGAAAUCCGGUUGUUCCAUCCGGAACUGUUCGACAAGCUUGAUAUCUACGUCGAUGGCGGCUUUCGUCGAGGCACGGAUGUCAUCAAGGCACUGUGUUUGGGCGCCAAAGCUGUUGGGCUGGGACGACCGUUCAUGUACUCGCUUACUGGAUAUGGUACUGGAGGUGUAUGCAGAGCUAUUGAGAUCCUCAGCGAUGAGAUUCAAACAUCGAUGCGUCUCAUGGGAGUCACCAACGUCGAUCAGCUGGACAUGAGCUAUGUCAACACCGCGCUCUUGGAGCUUGAGAUGCCACGGUUGCACAAUCUUAGACUUCAGGGGAAACUGUAG